AUGCCGAUCUAUGAGUAUUGGAACCAAUGGCCGAGAGUGGUCAGCUCAAAUGACCAAGGAGUACUGAGAGAACAGUGGAACGAGGGAUCAAUCUUAAUCCAACAGCUGCAUUCAAGUAGUGAUAUUCUCAAGGCUAUUCAGGAUGGUCAAAUCACUGCAGAUGACUCUAUUCUACUUUUUUCUAUUGAUGGAGCACAGCUCUACAAAAAUAAGGCUUCAGAUUUACAAAAAGCGCUAUAUUCUUCCUGGUGGUUUAUUCCUGGACUGAAAGGGCCUAAAAACUUGGACUCAUUUAUCUUUCCUGGUUUCUAUCACUUGGCUGCACUCCAAAAAGAAGGGCUCCUUGCAUGGGAUGCUGCUCGUAAUGAUACAGUCACAGACUAUCCUUUCCUUGCCUUUGGAACAGCGGAUAUGGUUGGAAUGGCUGAUAUGUCUGGUACAGUUGGCCAUCAAGGUAGAUAUGGAUGCUGUCUUGCUUGUAUACAACAGGGCCGUCAUAAACCAGGCUGUGAUCACCCAGAUCAAAGCUACUGUCAAUCUAAAGGAACCUCAGAAGAGUUAGCUCAAAGAUACUCUGAAUACUUGUUAAAAGUUCAGCAGUCUAGAAAUCAGACUCAAUAUGAAUCAAAUCGUCUUGAUACUGGGAUAUGUAAACCAACUCUCUUUAGUGGUCUUCAGUCUCAACAUACCUUGGGUAUGCCUGCAUGCUUUCCUUCAGAUCUGAUGCACCUUGUCUCUCUCAAUCUUACCAACCUUCUUAUUUUACUCUGGCAUGGAAAAUUCAAAUGCGACAAGAAUGACUCAAAAACUAGCUAG